CGAGUCCGACAUAGUUUUCAGCUGUGCGCCCUUAGAACUCAAUGAGGGUUGAAACCUAUAAAUUGGAAUUGCAUUCUCGUCUCCCAGCGAAUGAAUGCAACACAGAAGCCCAUUUGUUUAGCCGAUACGCUCUCUAAUUCCUAAGCUUUUCGCCAGGAGGCGGCGUUUCACGUUUCGUCGCUGUUACUCGAGGCGGAGCUGAAUCCGACUAACCGAUUUCAGGGGGAAGGCGGCGGCGGCGGCGGCGUAUCGAUACUCCUUUACCAGACCUCUGACUCUCAUCGCGUUUUGAGAACUUCCCCCUUUCAAUCGGCGGACUUCCAAUAUAAUCCGGAUUUCCAUCUCUAUUAUCGGCUUUCUUCUCUUUCUCGGAUUCUCAAUCCCUCUUUAUUUUUCACCUGUGCUAUUGCCUGUAUUUUGAAUGGGUAGACCCAAGGGAGACGGUGCUAGAAGCAAGGCUAGACCUUCAAGCAGCAGUUUGGCAGCGUCACUUCUGCCAUCGGAUUCCGCCGCUAACGCUGCUGGAUUUGGCGGCUUUCUUGGUAGUUACCGGCUCGAUUCUACUCUCACUGGGGAUGAUGCAGCAUCUUUUUCGGAUAUUGAUGGUGAAGUUGCACAGCACUUGAAGAGGCUUUCAAGGAAAGACCCAACCACCAAGCUCAAAGCAUUGGCCUCUUUAUCCGAGUUUCUUAAGCAGAAGUCUGGGAAAGACGUUGCGUCAAUUAUUCCACAAUGGGUAUUUGAAUACAAGAAACUGUUGAUGGACUAUAAUAGGGAUGUACGACUUGCCACACAUGAGACAAUGACCAAUCUCGUCAUUGCUGCUGGGAGAGAGAUAGCUCCGCACCUGAAAUCUCUGAUGGGGCCAUGGUGGUUUUCUCAAUUUGAUUCAGUUUCUGAAGUCUCUCAAAGUGCAAUGCAAUCAUUGCAGGCAGCAUUUCCUGCUCAGGAAAAGAGAGUAGAUGCUUUAAUUUUAUGUACAACUGAGAUAUUUAUAUACCUGGAGGAAAACUUGAAGCUCACACCAGACACUUUGUCAGAUAAAGUAGUUGCUAAGGAUGAAUUGGAAGAGAUGCACCAGCAGGUUAUCUCUUCAUCACUGCUUGCUCUAGCCACAUUAAUUGAUGUCUUAGUGAGUGUUCGGACUGAAAGAUCAGGGACUGGGAAAGGCAGUGGUGAAACAAAGCAUGCUUCCAAGUCUAGGGAAACUGCUAUUUCAUUUGCUGAAAAGUUGUUCACCGAGCAUAAAUACUUUGUACACCUGUUGCAGUCCAAAAGUACCAUUGUCCGAUCUGCUACCUUUUCAGUCGUAAAGAGCCUUGUGAAAAACAUUCCUCAUGCUUUUAAGGAACAGAACAUGAAAACUAUUUCCGGUUCUAUCCUUGGUGCUUUUCAGGAGAAAGACCCUUCUUGCCAUUCAUCAAUGUGGGAUGCAGUAUUACUUUUUUCCAAAAGGCUGCCCAACUGUUGGACAUAUGUGAAUGUCCAGAAAACUGUACUGAAUAGAUUUUGGAAUUUUCUUAGAAAUGGGUGCUUUGGAUCCCAACUGAUUUCCUACCCAGCUUUGAUUUUAUUUUUGGACACAGUUCCACCUAGUGCUGUGGGAGAGCAGAAAUUUCUCCUCAACUUUUUCGAGAAUUUAUGGGUUGGAAGGAACCCAUUCCAUUCAUCAAAUGCAGAAAGGCUUGCAUUUUUCCAGGCUUUUAAAGAAUGUUUUCUUUGGGGGCUACAGAAUGCAUCAAGGUUCUGCAGUGGAGAUGACUUAGCUCAUUUUCAAGUUACCCUCGUUGAUGUUAUUCUUGUUAACCUUUUAUGGAAGGAUUACUUACAUGACGUUCAAUGUUUAAAGAAUCAAGACAGGGCCUUGUCUGGAGGUGCACCUUUGAAUAACAAGAGGACCGGAGAAACACCAAGUACAAAGUAUCCGAUGAGCUACUUACAAGAUUUGAGAAAAUGCAUUGUUGAAAUUCUAUCCGGCAUCUACCUAGUGGAACAUGAUCUACUUUCUGUUUUUGCUACGGAAUUUCAGAAGAAUUGUAUUAGUAUGUUCCAGUUGACAGAUAAUACAGAAGUAGCCUCGGGAACCAUAGAACAGAUUAUAGGAUUUAUAUUAGAAUUGGAGCAACUUUCUAUGGACAAGGAUGAUAUCUGGCCCUUGGCUAUCUUGGUAGGACCAACACUGGCAAAUGCUUUCCCGAUUAUAAGAUCGCAUGAAUCUUCAGAUGGUGUGAGGCUUCUAUCUGCUGCUAUUUCUGUUUUUGGGCCUCGCAAUAUUGUUCGAGAACUAUUUAUUUGUAAUAAUGGAAAGUCCUCUACUCAUUUGUCUGGUGUUGAGGCCCAAGAUGUGGAGGCAAGACAAUUCAUGCAAAUAUUUAAUGAAGUUUUUGUUCCUUGGUGUUUGCAAGGGAAUAAUUGCUCUGCUGGUGCUCGAUUAGAUCUCUUGCUUACGCUAAUUGAUGAUGAACAUUUCUCCCAUCAAUGGAAUUCUGUUAUCAGUUACUCAUUUGAUCUAGAUCAUACUGGAGUUGUGCUUGAGUCCAUUAACUCAGAAAGUUUAGCCAUGUUGGCAAAGCUUUUAGACAGAGCAAGAGGAAAAAUUACGAAUAGUGACGCAAGAAAUGUCACCAAUACUUGGCAGAAGGCUAACCUUGGGAACUGGCAUCAUGAGCAUUUGGAAUCUGCUGCUGUUGCUAUAGCGCAAUCCCAGGCUCCCUUUAGAAGUUCAUUUACAGAGUUUUUAUGUUCUGUUUUGGGUGGUUCAGUACAGAGUGAUUGCUCUUCUUUUGUGUCAAGAGAUACAUUGAUUGCUAUAUUCGAGGCGGUAUUUCAGAAAUUAGUUAGUUUCUUAUUGCACUCUCCUUUAAGUUGGGCAAGAAAUUCAUGUUCUUUAUUGAUACCUAAGCCUGGAAAUUCUUUCCCCAAUUCCAUAAGUUCUUCAGAUGUUGUUGCGAUCGCACAUUUUUCUCUAGAAGUACUUGACCGCUGCGUCUUUUGCUUAUACAACCUAGGGGAAGAAAAUUAUCUACUUCCUAGUAUUUUAGCUACUAUAUAUGCUAUCGACUGGGAUUGUAGUAUAGAAGAAAGACAAGACGAUAUGCUUGAUGACAAAUUUAAGGAAGAAAGGAGAGAAAGGUUGCUUUUUGGUGGACGUGUGCGUGUCCUACGCCAAAAGAUUUAUCAGUUUUGGAAGAACUGUAAAACACACGACAGAAAAAAAUAUGGAAGUAUCCUGAUUCAGUUUAUUAGGUCUGCCAUCUUCAGUGAAGAUACUGAAGAAAUUGUGUCUUUGUGCUGCCAAUGGAUGCUUGAAGUUAAGGAUCAAAUCUCUCAGGAUCACUUAGAGGAACAAUAUAUGUUAUACCAGCUUUUGAUCAAGGGUGAUACAUGGCCUUUCUGGAUUGCUCCCAACUUCAUGGCUUCAAAUGAAUUGGCCACUUCAAAUACGAAAAACAUUGGCUUUGAUAUUCACAAAUCUGGAAAUCACAAGCUUAUUUCUUUAGCAAGCAUGCUUAUGUCAAAGAUUGGACUUGAGAAAUUUUUUUCUGGCCAAGUUGAAAAUUCUUCACCUUGCCUUGGUGAGGCGACAAAUAAUGAGGUUACUUGCCGUGCUUGGCUGGUUGCUGAAAUAUUAUGCACAUGGAACUGGCCAGGAGGUAAUGCUAGAGGUUCUUUCCUUCCUUUAUUUUGUGCUUAUGUCAAAAAGAGCUGUUCACAUGAAAGCUUGUUGGAUUCCACCUUCAACAUAUUAUUGGAUGGGGCUCUUCUCUGCGGUAGCAGGGCUGCUCAAAGCAUCGUCAAUAUUUGGCCUUAUCCAGAUUCCUUACUAGAGGAUAUUCAAGAACCAUUCUUGAGAGCUCUCGCAUCUCUUCUUUUCUGUAUGUUAAAAGAAAACAUAUGGGGGAGAGACAAAGCUAGUUCACUGUUUGAGUUGCUUGUUAGAAGACUUUUCAUUGGUGAAGCAGUGAAUAUUGACUGUUUAAGGAUUCUUCCACUGAUUGUGAGUUUUCUUAUUCGUCCAAUGUGUGAAAGAAACACUGUGUUUGAUGAUUCUGGUUCAUGCUCUGUGGAGGGCUCAAAGGAAAAUAUUAUUCAAAAUACAAUCGAGGGUUGGCUCCAGAGAGUCCUUUUGUUUCCAUCAUUAAGUCAAUGGCAGGCUGGGGAAGAUAUGGAAGAUUGGCUUUUGUUGGUGAUAUCUUGUUAUCCCUUUAGUAGUUCCAUGGGAGGCUUACACACGUUGAAGCCGGACAGAAAUAUAAGCACUGAGGAGAGCAGUCUUUUAUUGGAAAUAUUUCGAAAACAGAGAAAUAUAUCUGGUAGAUCAUCUACAGUCAAUCAUGCACCACGGGUACAAAUGUUAUUGUCCGAGCUUAUGGUUGUUUCUGUCGGUUACUGCUGGAAGCAAUUCAAUGACGAAGAUUGGGAGUUUUUGUUGUGUCAGUUAAUGAGUUGGAUCCAACCAGCCGUUGUAGUAAUGGAGGAAAUUGCUGAAAGCGUGAAUGGUAUUAUCGUCAAUAGCUCUACUUCAAUGAAUGCAAAUGAAAUUUUAGAAAAGCUUGAGCAAAGUGUUAAGAUUUCAGACCCAAUCCCAUUUUGCAUUUCGAGAAAUGCCCUUUUGUCAUUUUCUUUGUUUUAUGGUUCCUUUGGGCUACAAGGCCUGAAAGAUAUGGAAACUUUAAACCCUCAGCGAUUAGAUAAAUUGAACCAUGUCAAUGAUCGCAUUGUUGAAGGAAUUCUUCGCAUGUUCUUCUGCACUGGAAUUUCUGAGGCCAUUGUAUGCUCCUACGGUGAUAAAGCUACAACCAUUAUAGCAUCCUCAAGAAUUGAACUUCCUCAUUUCUGGGACUUGAUAGCUUCAAGUGUUACUAAAUCCUCAAAAGAUGCUAGAGAGAGAGCAGUAAAAUCAAUUGAAUUUUGGGGACUCAGUAAAGGCCCUGUUAGUUCUUUAUAUGGCAUCCUUUUUUCCACCAAACCGGUUCCUUCAUUGCAAUAUGCAGCCUAUUUUAUGCUCUCGACUGAACCAAUUUCUUACUCUGCAAUUAUUAGAGAAAAUACUUCGUGCUACCUGGAUUAUGAUACCACGACCGAACAGGGCUCUACUCAAGUUGAUUUUUCAUCAGAAUAUAAUGUGCUUUUGAAGGAAGAAAUUGUAUUUAUGAUUGAGAAACUCCCUGAUGAUGUUUUUGACAUGGAGUUGAUGGCCCACGAAAGGGUGAAUAUAUUUCUUGCUUGGUCUUUGUUGCUGUCACACUUAUGGUCAUUGCCCCCAUCCUCAUCUGCGAGGGAAAGAUUGGUCCAAUAUAUCCAGAAUUCUGCUAGUUCAAGGAUAUUAGAUUGCAUUUUCCAGCAUAUACCUGUUGAAGGCAUGGCUCUUCAGAAGAAGAAAGAUACAGAACUUCCAGCUGGGCUAUCAGAAGCUGCAACUGCAGCAAACCAAGCCAUUACCACAGGUUCAUUAUUGUUUUUGGUGGAAUUUCUUUGGCCCGUUGAACCAGUGAAACUGGCAUCAUAUGCUGGAGCAAUAUAUGGCUUGAUGCUCCGUGUUCUUCCUGCUUAUGUUCGAGGGUGGUUUUGUGAUUUGCGUGACCGUUCGAAGUCUUCUGUCAUUGAAUCCUUUACAAAAGCAUGGUGCAGUCCUUCUCUCAUUGCAAAUGAACUGUCCCAGAUAAAGAAAGCUGAAUUUGCUGAUGAAAAUUUCUCAGUUGUUGUAAGUAAAUCAGCCAAUGAGGUAAUUGCUACGUAUACUAAAGACGAGACGGGGAUGGACCUAGUAAUUCGCCUUCCUUCAUCAUAUCCACUGAGGCACGUUGAUGUUGAUUGUAUGAGGAGUUUGGGAAUAAGUGAAGUUAAGCAGCGGAAGUGGUUAUUGUCCAUGAUGUCGUUUGUCCGUAAUCAGAAUGGUGCUUUAGCUGAAGCAAUAAGGAUAUGGAAGCGUAAUUUUGACAAGGAGUUCGAAGGAGUUGAAGAGUGUCCCAUUUGUUACAGUGUUAUCCACACAGUCAACCACAGCAUUCCUCGCUUGGCAUGCAAGACAUGCAAGCACAAGUUCCAUUCAGCAUGCCUUUAUAAAUGGUUCUCCACUUCACAUAAAUCCACCUGCCCUCUGUGCCAGUCUCCGUUCUAAUCUGGACUCAAACUCGACGAUAAGUUUUGACGAUACUUCUUGCAUCGACUGUGAAACAAUGGAGCUGUAAGGUACACAAGCAGACACUUAAAGCGUGUAAUUCUUCUAUUCUUUUGCAAGUAGACUCUGUUUCUGUGCUAACCGUCGCAACGAAAAAUGAAGGGCAGAACGUAACUACGAACUCGUCCACUUUUGGCACAACAUAACGGUGUUUAAGAUAGCUGAGCAGUUGAUACGAUUCACUUGGAAGAAUGUUUUCUACUUUCUAUAUGCAUUUCUUUUCCCCCAAUUAUGGCAUAGCCUGGGUAGAGUAUGUUUGUUUAAUUCAACUGGAUUUGUAUAUAAAUUACCAUUUAGGUUUUUGUUAUUGCUUUUUCUGGAGCUCUAACCACAUGAAAGUGCAAGAACUCAAACCUUUGAAGUUUGAGUGUUAAAAUUUUGUAUGUUCACCAGUUUCUUUUGUUUACUCUAAUUCUAUGAAUUAUUUGUCCUCUGA